AUGAAUACAAGGCAAGGUAUUCCGCACAACAAAAAAACUGUUUCACCAGCAUUCAACAGUGACAUUAAUGAAGUAAAAACUGGAGCAGCCUACGCAACAGCUAAGGACUUUACAUCAGAUACACCGAUAAAAUUACCUAGAAUUAUACCAGUACCAAAAACUGGAGGAUUUCUUCCUAUAGUACCAAUAUUUGCUGGAUUAUCUGCUGCUGGCAGUUUAGCUGGAGGUGCUGCUGCUAUCGCGAAAGCAAUAAAUGCAUAUAAAACAGCUAAGAAGCAAUUACUUGAAGCGAAACGACACAACAAGGAAAUGGAGGCCUUAUUCAUUGGAAGAGGAUUACAUAUUAAGCAUUAUAAAGAUGGUUUAGGCAUUUACACAACAGUGAAAAAAAACUAA